AUGGCGUUGUCGCGACCUCGAAGACCCGUGAAGCCCAUCAGCUACAAGGAGUCUAGCUCCGACGAAGGCUCCUCUGACGAUUCUGACACGAACUCAUCCAGGAUCAACAAGAAUCAGCCGACCAGGAAAUCAACAGCACGAUCAUCCAACCCCAAGCAACCUUCGCUCAGACAGACACGACAUGCUGUGUCAUCUCAAGGCUUGGGCACCACGGUUGCGCCCUCGACUCGACAGCUCCGGACGAAGCGAAAAAGAUCAUAUCGGGAGUCCAGUACAGAGAAUGACGAAGAUUCAGAAAAAGAAGUCAUAUCAAAACGGAGCGAUCGGCGAUCGCCCUCGACCUCUUCUUAUAGGCCUCUGCCACAGCGGGCUUCCAAGAGGCGGAAGAUGAUAUUGGAGAGGGACGAGAGUCCAGAAGAUGAAAUCAUACGGCCACCCCACUCUCGGGACGAGCCCAUGGCGCGCAUGCUUUCUUCCUCCCCGAGGGAUAAGAAUCUGCUAGCUAUGCACUCGGAAGUCCUCGCGGGGCCCCAUCAGUGGCAUCCAUAUAAUGAGGCGCUCCACAAGUCCCUCAACGGGCAAUCCAGUCAGGCCAACCAUUCCCAAGUCACCCGCUCAUCAACUCAGCCCUCCAGCGCCAUGAAUGGUGAUAGGGAGAUACCAGACUGGCUGCGCCUCGAUUACGACAUCGUUGUGGACAUUUUGACAUACGCAGCUGAACCUCUCCUGGACGAAAACUCCGCGCCAACCUCGUCCGUAGCAUGGCUCGCGAGAACAGCCCUGGUCUGCAGGACCUGGUCGAAACCGGCCCUUACAGCUCUUUACCGAGUUCCUCCAAUUCUCGACAAAAGAUGCCGACCGAACGCGAGACUUAUUCAGCGUCUCACAGAUCCCCAAACUGAUACCUGGAUGAAUUAUGCUCACCAGGUCAGGCGGCUGGAGAUCGAUCGCACCAGGAUCUCGCCGUUGAGCGCGUACCUUUCUCCCCUUGUAUCGUCCCUUAGAGCGGUGAAGGAAAUCGACUUCUUCGACCCUAGCGAUAGGCCGCCCUAUCGAGAAGGCAAGGCGCGCAUGCGUCGAUGGUUCUACCCGGAUACACUCUUCACUGCCAUGGAACAGGCCGAGAUGCGGUUACGCAGUUGGUCCUGGAACAGCACCUAUUGCGCCAGAGGUCCACUUUGGAUGAAAGACGUCCAUGGCAAUCGCGCGAUGAGGACUCUAAGGGACAUCACGCUGCGCAAGUUUCAAGCUGAUGAGCGCCCACCUGGAAACAGCGAGCUCGAGGAUAAGAAUUCCCGAACCGAAGAGCUCAUCGCCUCCUCUCUUGCUGUACUCCCAUAUCUGGAAUCCAUCACGUUCGAGUCUUGUACCGCGGUUAACGCACGGCUACUUCCGCUGUUGCCCGACAGCUUGGUUAACCUGAAAAUCGUAAACUGCGGAGCACUCAAUUCACAAGCCUUAGAAGCGUAUCUAAUCUCCCAUGGAAGGCACCUGAAGACGUUGACGCUGAAUCACAACCAGAUGCUGGAUCUGGACUGGUUGGUCGGCCUUAAGAUUUGGGCACCCUGUCUGGAAGUGCUCCAAGUUGACACCCACUUCUACAACACGCUUGCUACCUCCACAAGCAAUGAGCCCCUCUACGAUGAACUUCUCACCGUGGGCGCAGUCCCAACAUGGCCAUCUACACUUAGGAUCCUCGACAUGCAGUUCCUUCGAAACUGGAGCCCGGUUGCGGCUGUCGCGUUCUUCCAGUCCCUCAUCGACUCGGCCCCAGAUUUGCCGCAUCUGCAAGAGCUCACGAUCACCGCCAUUGUAGACACCGAAUGGAGAGAGCGUGCCGAAUUCCGGAAGAAGUGGACACACGCGUUUGAGAAGGUGUUCAAGCGGAAGUGGGAGCCUCCUAGCCCGCAUCUCGUGUCGCUGGAUGCAUACUCUCAAUGGAAAGAGUCUCAACAGGAUCCGUUCCGGGACAACGCUGUCGACGUGCGGGGACAUGAUUCCCUGACAACCUCCAGCGACGAGCACUCCACCGCCGCCUCCCGCACAGCGACCCGCUCCGAGAGAUGGAGUUCCAAGCGCCUGCGCAAUCGUACCCGUCGCUCCCCAGGCCGCUACACGGAGACCGACAGCUCUAGCGAGCACACGUCUGACGAACCCGACAAGGAAGAUGCCGAGCCCCUUAUCAAGUUCGUUCAAGGCAAGUGUCACAAGGUCGAAUUCAAGAUUGACAAUUCGCGACCCCAGGAGCAGAUUUUCGAUGAAGAGGAUUUCCUGGACGAUGAUAAUAGCGAGGAGGAUGAGGAGUGGAAUGGAGUGGAUGAGGAAGAGGAUGAGGGUUUGGCGUGGUAA